AUGGCUGAAUCUGCAGAAAUUGCCUCUAUGAAAAUGAAACGACUUGUAGACGAGGCUUCUCAAGUCAAGUACAUCCCUGGUGGUGCUCUAAAAAUUUACUUUCGUUCAGCAAAUACUUUGUUACGACAGUCAAAGCUUUACAUGAAAGAGAAUGACUUAAUGAACGCUUAUAAAUUCUAUAUGAGAUAUGCAACAUUAGCUCUCGAAAAACUACCGAGUCAUCCAGAAUACAACAAACCAGAGCAUAAGGCUGGGCGAAUUGAAUUAGUUAAAAAUACGAAAGAAGUGCUUAACGAAAUUACACGUUUAAAACCUAAAUUAGAGGAACGUUUUAGACGAACAGCAGAAAAGGAAAUUGCUGAACAUGAGGCUCGACUCCAAUCAACUCAAAAACCUGAAAGCAUGCCUCGUCCAUCUCAAUUUCAAACGCAGCAAACCUUUGUUCCUUACGAACAUUGGAAUUUGGUUGAACAAUUGAAAGACUUGCCAAGCCAACCGUCGUCUAAUUUUACACAUGAGGAACAGACUUGUCGUUCGGUUGAAUAUCCUGGAAUCUCAAUGCGAAAUCAAAGCGAUGGGUAUAUUUAUCCGUCUAUGGGGAUGCCAAUUAUAAAAAUACCUACCUCCUCUACAUCUGUUAUAUCUUCCCCAGCAUUACCUCCUAAAGUGAAAUAUGAACCUCCGCGACUUCCACCGAAGCCUAACGAAUAUAUGGCUUCUUUUAAUAUUCCUAAUGUUGAACCUAUUUUUGAAAGCGAACCAGAAUUUGCCGCUUUCACUGAAGGUGGUGAAGGUCUUCGAAAAGUUUGUCUUCCAAGAAAUAUAUAUGAAAUUUUUAUCCGAAUUGCAGCCAGCAACACUUUAAAGAAUUUAGAAACAUGUGGAGUAUUGUUUGGAAACUUGGCUAAAAACGUGUUUUCUAUUACUACAUUAAUCAUUCCUAAACAAACCGCUACUUCUGACACGUGUACAAUGACGAAUGAAGAGGAGUUGAUAGAAUAUGCUGAAGAAAAAGGGUUAAUGCUGCAAGGGUGGAUACAUACACAUCCAUCACAAACUUGUUUUAUGAGUUCGAUGGAUUUGCAUACACACUCUUCUUAUCAAGUUAUAUCUCCAGAGGCAAUUGCUAUUGUAUGUGCACCAAGGCAUGAACCAAACUUUGGAAUCUUUCGAUUAACUAAUCCACCGGGAUUACAGACUGUUCUUCAAUGCACACAAAGAGGAUUUCACCCUCAUAAUUCCAACUUACCCAUUGACAAAGUUUGUUGA